GAGCGCCUUGCUCGCAGCCUCUGCCCCGGGCGGAGCAGGGCACCCGGGAAGUCGGCGCCGCCUGUGGUGGAAGAGCGCAGGAGUCGGGGAGGAGGAGGGGGGUGGACCCAUUUCAGAAAAAGCUAGGGAAAUGACAAAUUGAACUGAAUGUGAAAAAUGUGUGAAGAUUAAUAGGUUAUAUCUCUCCUCUUCCCCCUCAAAAUUUUUAAAAAUCAAUGGGAAAUGUGUGAACAAAUCAGCAUUGAAAGAGGAAUAUUGUCAAUGGCUUCACCGUCUCUGCGCCCAGAAUCAACUAAGACUCAUUUGAUAAAGGGGAAAAAACAGCAGCAGCAGCAUCACCAACAUGAGGACAGAUCCUCAAAUAGAGAUGGUGAUGGGGAAGAAUCUUACACGUUUGAAGCCAAUGAAGCUUGGAAAGAUUUUCACAGUUCACUCCUACGGUUUUAUGAAGAUGGUGAACUUUGUGAUGUGACGCUAAAGGUUGGUUCAAAGCUAAUCUCCUGCCACAAACUAGCACUGGCUUGUGUUAUUCCUUAUUUCAGAGCCAUGUUUCUUUCCGAAAUGGCUGAAGCGAAGCAGACGCUCAUUGAGAUCAGGGAUUUUGAUGGUGAUGCGAUAGAAGACUUGGUGAAGUUUGUCUAUUCUUCCCGGCUCACUUUGACAGUUGACAAUGUCCAGCCUCUCUUAUAUGCCGCCUGUAUUCUCCAGGUAGAGCUGGUGGCUAGAGCGUGUUGUGAAUACAUGAAGUUACAUUUCCAUCCUUCCAAUUGCUUGGCCGUUCGAGCUUUUGCAGAGAGUCACAACCGCAUUGACUUAAUGGACAUGGCAGACCGAUAUGCCUGCGAACAUUUUGCCGAAGUGGUGGAGUGUGAAGACUUUGUGAGUGUCUCACCCCAGCAUCUCCAUAAGCUUUUGUCCUCGAGUGAUCUCAACAUCGAGAAUGAAAAGCAGGUCUACCGUGCCGCCAUCAAGUGGCUUCUUGCCAAUCCUCAGCAUCAUGCGAUAUGGUUGGAUGAAAUACUUGCUCAGGUUCGACUGCCACUGUUGCCCAUUGAUUUUCUUAUGGGUGUUGUGGCAAAAGAAGAAAUUGUCAAGCAAAAUCUAAAAUGUAGGGAUUUACUCGAUGAAGCAAGAAAUUACCACCUUCACCUGAGCAGCAGGGCAGUGCCUGACUUUGAGUACUCCAUUCGAACCACUCCAAGGAAGCAGACUGCUGGCGUGCUGUUCUGUGUGGGUGGUCGAGGUGGAUCAGGUGACCCAUUUCGAAGCAUUGAAUGCUAUUCAAUCAACAAAAAUAGUUGGUUCUUUGGACCAGAAAUGAACAGUCGAAGGCGUCAUGUGGGUGUAAUAUCUGUGGGAGGCAAAGUCUAUGCAGUUGGUGGACAUGAUGGAAACGAACAUUUAGGCACCAUGGAGGUGUUUGAUCCUCUCACGAAUAAGUGGAUGAUGAAAGCAUCAAUGAACACAAAGAGACGAGGAAUUGCCUUGGCCUCUCUCGGAGGUCCAAUUUAUGCGAUAGGAGGGUUAGAUGACAAUACCUGCUUCAAUGAUGUGGAGAGAUACGACAUUGAGUCUGAUCAGUGGAGUGGGGUGGCACCAAUGAAUACUCCCCGAGGAGGGGUUGGCUCUGUAGCUCUGAUAAACUAUGUUUAUGCUGUGGGAGGCAAUGAUGGGCUGGCCUCUUUGUCUAGUGUGGAGAGAUAUGACCCACAUUUGAAUAAAUGGAUAGAAGUUAAAGAGAUGGGUCAGCGAAGAGCAGGCAAUGGUGUUAGUGAGCUUCAUGGCUGCUUAUAUGUUGUGGGUGGAUUUGAUGAUAAUUCUCCUCUUAGUUCAGUCGAACGGUUUGACCCUAGAAACAACAAAUGGGAAUACGUAGCAGAGCUCACUACUCCUAGGGGUGGCGUGGGUAUUGCUACAGUGAUGGGCAAAAUCUUUGCUGUCGGCGGUCAUAAUGGCAAUGCGUACCUGAAUACCGUGGAAGCUUUUGAUCCAGUGGUGAACAGGUGGGAGCUUGUAGGGUCAGUGUCUCACUGCAGGGCUGGAGCCGGUGUCGCUGUGUGUUCCUGUUUAAGUACCCAAAUCCGAGAUGUGGGCCAAGGAUCCAGUAAUGUGGUUGACUGUAUGUGAUUUGAAUGCCCGCCAUCGACAGUUCUCUCCCUCCCAGAAGUAAAGACAGCUAGAGUUUUGGCAUGAUCAUCUUGGAACAGGCUAUGACUACAGCUGGUUUCUUAUUUGAAUAUUAACUGUAUGAUGCUCCAAAUAAGCACAUUUUCAGAUGUGCUCCAUGAGGAAUUCUCACUACUAAGGUGAAUGCUGUCAUUUUGACAAAGUUUUAAGCAAUAUUGGAGUCUUGUUCCAACUUAAAGUUUCCAGAAGAGAGAUGAUUUUAAAACAAGUGCCAAAACACCUGAAAUCUGUUGUUUUUUUAAAAUCUGAGUGAUUUUUAAAGUUACAUUACAGUAAUUUGCAGUCAUUUCUUUUUCAAAGUUAGACAAUGAGAUUAUCCUACUGAAUUUUUCUGUAAGGAGAAAAUUGGGAUACUUUCGGUAUUGUUUUUUCAAAAUGAAGGAUAUUUCCAGUUUAUACUAAAAAAAGUUUAUUUUACUUUUUUUUACUGGAUGAUUUAAAUUUCUCAGAUGUUUACAAAAGUAAAACAUGUUUGCACUAUUCUGAGUGCACUAGGCUGAAUUUGAAGAAUACUUGUAGCAAUGUUGUACAAUGCUAGUGAAGCUCAAUCAGUCAUACUAAGCUAAAGAUGGCAUAUUUCUGAUUUUAAAAUUUGACUGUUUAAUGGAUUUAUUUUAUAGUAAAUAAAAAGGGGGCUGAUUUCUUGUUA